CGCGCUUUAUGAGCAAUAAUAGUGUGGAGCGCCGUCAACUUGAAUUCCGACGCCCGAUUUACUAGCUACCAAGUAAACAGUAACAAUCAUGGAUUGCAGUAUUGAUGGUGCUGAAGACGUAGCAAGCGAGACAUGCUCACUACAGAGAGGAGAUCGCCCUCCAGAAAUGGAACGUAACCCCUCACCUCCCCCGGCCACAGCUGAUGGUGAUGAGGCUGAACACACGGAUGCUAUUGGAGACACUGUGUACAGCAAGCACUGGCUUUUCAGCACACUGUCUCGCCUCAUCCAGAUGGUCACAAAACCUCCAGAGGACUCAGAAGGUCAGAUGCAACUCACUGAAGAUGAGGAAGAAGAUCUCUGCCGGGUUUGGGAUAUGGCAAUGGAUAAGGACGUGGCUGGUUUCUUGCAGGAGUUUAAAGCUCCAGACAUCCUUCUUGGAGUGAUAGCCAAAUCUGGUAAUCCACGUCUCACAGAAAUUUGUGUAGGGAUACUUGGGAACAUUGCUUGCUUCCCCGACACUUGUCUGACUCUUAGUCAAAAUGAAGACUUGGGGGCGGUGCUGUUGCUUCUGUUCGGGCAUACAGAUCCGCCAACCCUUCUUGAGACGAGCAGGUUGAUUCUGACCUGCAUCUCCCAAAAGCAUGUCAGUUCCCUUUGGCUCCAGCGAAUACGACAGCAGACGUCUGUGAGCUCCAACCUUCUUUUCAUCAUGUCCAGUUCAACCAACACCGACCUGCUUGAGAAAGUCGGCGAGCUCGUUGACAAGCUGUUUGACCUUGACGAGGAGCUGAUGAAAAGUUGGAUUACAGCUCGGCCUAAUGAGGAGGGUGAUGAUGGUGACGGCUGUCUGGAUUUAGCCCCGUGCCUUCUUGAGGCUGCCAAGCAGCUAAGAUCAGAGAGUCCAAAUGGUUUGGAGGUUUACCUACAUGUCAUGCAGCUCUUAACCACAAUAAAUGAGGGCCUACAAAUGUUUGCUUCCAGUGAAGGACCAGGAAAAGCAGUGUGGAAUUUUUUGUGCGAGGUUGUCUGUGAAGACCUCUGCCAGCCAAAUGAUCUUGGAGUUGUUUUGCAGGAGCACAAAGGUACUUUGGUGCAGGCCUUUUCUAUCUUACAAGCACUCUAUGGACUCCAGGAGCAGUGGCGCAGCAAAGAUGACACAAGUCUAUCUCUCACUGGAACCAUUUUGCGGGUGAUACAGUACCAGAGUGAACACAAAGAAGAGUCUUCCAGUAAGGAGGAUGCACAAGAUGAGCAGUUCCUGACGUUAUCAGAAAUCACAAGUGAAUUUCUGUCAGACAUAUGUUUUCAGACUUCCAAGGACACAGUAGCAGCCUUAGUAAAGAGAAGUUACCUGACAGAGAAGACUUGUCUAACAGCUUUUGGAAGUUUACUCCCAAACUAUCUGACGUCAAAUGCGGGAGGAAACCGGAUUACCCGGAGAAAACCCACACAGGCACGAGGAGCGGAUGCAAACGGCAUACACGGGAGGCCGGAUUGUAACUGUUAUUGUCGUAAUACUACAUAAAUAUGUUCUUGUUACAUGUUAACCUCAGGUAGGCUCCCAAAGAAUUGACAGUUUAUUUUGGUCUUUAUGUCAGGUGAGGACGUGCGAUGCCACAAACAAGCAGCUCAUGUGGAAAAUAAACCAAACUUUUUCUUCCACAUCUUCUCUUUCCUCUCGUAGUUUCAGCACCUGCUGCUCAUGUUGUCCGAAACGGAGCCUGAGUUGGCUGACAAGGUGAGGAAGCAGUUUCCUGUCUGAUGGCCGC